AUGGCGGAUGCACCAAUAACAGCAGCAGUUAAAUAUGAAUAUCUUGACCAUACGGCAGACGUUCAGUUGCAUGGUUGGGGUGACACUUUGGAAGAAGCGAUGGAGCAGACAUUGAUCUCUAUGUAUGGCUAUAUGACUGAGAUUUCAAUGGUGUCUGCGGAGUACUCCUUUGAUUUGUUUGCCAGUGGUAUCGAUAUGGUCUCAUUAAUGGCUCGAUUAUUGGAUGAAGCACUAUUUGCUUUCUCAACAGAGCCGUUCUUCAUUGGUAGAGUUGCAAAGGUGAUUAAACUCGAUCGUGAAAAGUUCGAAGUGCAGAUGCGGUGCUGGGGUGAAUCGUUCGAUCUCAGUAGGCAUCCACAGGGAACUGAAAUUAAAGCAGUCACUUAUUCUAAUAUGCAGGUUAACGAAUCUUUGGAUAAGACUGAUAUUUAUGUUAUUGUAGACAUAUGA